GUGGUCAGCCUUGCGCGCAUUGGGUGGAGUGAAGUUUAGACUUUACUAUGACAAAUUAGCCAAGAAGAGGACUGCAACAUGGCUGAGUAACACAUCACCACGAUAAAACCCAUUCAGAAAACCCCUAAAAACAAGACAAUUCCCCGCGCAAAAACACGACUUGACAAGAUUUUACAAUGAAGGAUGUAAGUGAGGAGUCGCUACUGGAUUACUUCUACACCACCGGAGGAAACUCGGGCAGGGUCAAAAAUGCUGAUAUCCUGAAGACAUUUAAACCUUUUAUCGGCCACAGUGACUUGCAAUUACGAGCUAAAUACAGAGAAGAAUUCAAGCUCAUAAUCGACCGAAUCGCAGUGGUCAAGUCAGAGAAUGGUGAGAAGUACCUGGUGCUAAAGAAGAAGUACAGACAGCAGCUGCAGGAGCGAGACUCCAGAGCUCAGGGAGGAGAGGAGAGUCCAGCCCAGAACUCUGACUCUGCUCCAGCCUCCACCAGUGACUCUACCCCGGUCCAUACGGUUCAAUGGGACUCCACCCAAACCUUACCCACCAAGACAGAGCAGAGCAGCACCCACGAGGAGCAAAUGGAGUGUGUGGAGGCAGAGGGUGCAGCUGCAGAGAGCAAAGAGGAACAAUUACAAGAGUCGGAGUCGGAGCAGGACGAGGAGUCAACCGGCAGCAUGGGCUCAGCGUCUGUGGCUUUGGACCCUGUGGAGAAGGAGUGGAUCUACUCUGCAGCAGGAGCCAGAGUUCCAGACCUGUCCCAUCUGCUCAGACAGGACCCCACUCUCGCCAACAAGAAGGACUUUACUUCAGUGAGUAUUUCUUUUUAUUUCAAUCAAUUCCAAAUCUUAUGACGACAAAGUUAGUUA